AAAAUGUCUAAGACAACUGACAGCAAAGAUGUCUGGGGAGACGAUGGUGAUGUCAUCAAAGACCUCGAGUCAAUGACUAACGAAGAGAUUGCAGAGAAGACCAAGAUACUUCAGAACAAUAUUAAGAGCAUGAAGAGGGAGACUACCACCUUGAGCCAUCAGCUCAAGAACGUCAAUCUUCAGAUUGAAGAUAAUGAGAAGAAGGUUAAGCUCAACAAGCAGCUUCCUCAUCUUGUCAGUAAUUUCAUUGAGAUGCUUGACCUUCCUCCGGAAGAUGAAGAAGAGCAAGAAGGAGCAGCAGUUGAUGAAGAUUCUGCUAGGACAGGCAAGAGUUGUGUCAUAAAGACUACCACGAGGCAGACUAUCUAUCUCCCCGUUAUCGGACUUGUAGAGCCUGAGGAACUCAAUCCAGGAGAUCUUAUUGGAGUCAAUAAAGACUCUUACCUCAUUCUCAACAAGCUCCCUGCUGAAUAUGACUCAAGAGUCAAAGCUAUGGAGUUAGAUGAAAAGCCAACUGAGAACUACACGGAUAUCGGUGGACUUGACAAGCAGAUCGAAGAAUUAAUGGAAGCUAUUGUCCUCCCAAUGACUCAUAAAGAUAGAUUUGACAAUAUAGGUAUUAGACCUCCAAAGGGACUCCUCAUGCAUGGACCUCCAGGAACUGGAAAAACUCUUCUAGCCAGAGCUUGUGCUGCCCAAACUGACGCUUGCUUUUUGAAAUUAGGAGGACCUCAGCUUGUUCAAAUGUACAUCGGAGACGGAGCCAAACUUGUCAGAGAUGCCUUUGAGCUUGCUAGAGAAAAAGCCCCUGCUAUCAUCUUCAUUGAUGAGCUUGAUGCCAUUGGUACUAAAAGGUUUAACUCUGAAAAGACCGGAGAUAGAGAAGUCCAAAGAACCAUGCUUGAGUUGCUGAACCAGCUUGAUGGAUUCAGCUCAGAUGACAGAAUCAAGGUUAUUGCAGCCACUAAUAGACCUGAUAUUCUUGAUCCAGCUUUGCUCAGAUCAGGAAGACUGGAUAGAAAAAUUGAGUUCCCUCAUCCAAAUGAAGAAGCUAGAGCAAGAAUUAUCCAGAUCCACUCUCGUAAAAUGAAUGUUGACAAAGAAGAUGUCAACUUUGAGGAAUUAGCAAGAUCAACUGAAGACUUCAACGGAGCUAUGCUCAAAGCUGUCUGCGUAGAAGCUGGUAUGGUUGCCUUAAGAAGAGGUGGUGAUACCCUCAGACACGAAGACUUUAUUGAAGGUAUCUCCCAAGUCCAGUCCAAGAAGAAAGCAAAUCUCUCCAUUAUGUACUAAUUAAGCUGUGAAUCUGAAAUAAAAAGUCACC